AUGGGGAAACGAAAGAACACCACGGGACCGUCUUCUUCGUCUAAACGACGUGCCACCACACCACCGCCGCUCCGUCGCUCCCGUCGACGUGCUACUCACUCUGCCUCGUCUUCCGCUCAACCCACCACCUCUGAUGACUCUGCACCCGAUCCCGUGGUGCCUAUAUCUGCCGUCGAUGCCUUUAAUUCUCGGUUCUUUCUCCGAGCGAAUCAAAUCCGAUGGCGUCUGGUAAGUCGACGACCUUUUGUCUCUGAACGUCCCUUAGGUCCGUCAUUUGAUGCUUUUGGUAUUCCUGAUCUACUCCGUAGUGCUGGUGUUCUUGCUACUGUGACUCGAUUUUCUCACUUCGAAAGUCAAUUAAUUCAUGAUUUUUAUGCAAACCUCACUAGUGGAGUCUCCGAUAGUCGCAGUUGUUUUUACGAACGGGUGUAUGUGUUUAAUCGAGUCUACGAGUUCAAUCCUACUCGUAUUGCCUCUCUUUUUGAUCUGUCAACAGUUGGAACUGUGGCUCCGACAGUUGAUGAUUCUGACUUGAUAUCCACCCUCACUGGAGGCAAGAUGCGCUCAUGGCCUCUCCAGACGACUGAUCUUACUAUGAAGUACCGGCUCUUAUUCGGCAUUGGAACUACAAAUUGGUUCCCCACUGCUCACCACGGUACUCUGAAUCGACGACGGGGACUUCUACUGUACUACAUUGGAAGUGGAAUCCCAUGUGAUCUUGCACAAUUCAUCUUUGAAGAAAUCGUGGCCGAAGCCGAUUCUAAGUCGACUGCCUACUCUCUUCCGUUUCCCUCGUUGAUCUACCGAUUACUGAUUGACCAAGGCUACGUCAAAAAUCGGAAGAACGCAGUUCCGUCUCUCCCACUUCCUCUCUCUGUCUCCUCGAAGAUAGUGGAUCCUCAUUCCGAUUCUCGCCGUGUGGCCCGUGUGGAUGACUUGCCAUGUCGUCCAUCUUCCUCUUCCGGUCGUCAAGCUGCUCCUUCUGCUCCCGCUCCCAUAAUUUCAGACGUUAUCUCUGUUCUUUCAGCAGAAUAUGAGGCCGCCAUCGCCAGAGCCGAUGAACUGAAGAAAAAAAUCGACUAUCUUCAAGCCCUUGCUCAGAAAGGGGGAGACACUUCAGGGGGAGUUCGCCACGAAGCAGCUCAUCAGGAGAUAUCUCGUUCAGGGGGAGUUGCUGCUGCUGCUGGAUCUGAUGAUCCAACUGUUGCUCCAACUGUUCCAACAGUUGGUGGUGCAACAGCUGAGGAAGAUACCGAUGAUGAAGAAGAGCUGUUCGUUGAUGCCGAGGACAUUCUAGAUUAA